AUGGAAGUAUUCAAUGAAUACACUCUGUACCAUGGGUGGAUGAAGCUUUAUCUGGAGUAUCAAAGAUGGAAUUGUAUGCUAAGGCUUAGUGCCAGUAUAGAGCUUGAAGUCUUUAUGGAUGUGCCGAUCUUUAUCCGUACAUAUUACCGACCUGCGAACAUGGAUGAUUCGUUCAGGUACGGGAUAAUAUUUAGGAUGUACGAUUUGGCUGUCCAGUUACAGUGGGGCAAUGUCAUGAAAUUGCUACCAGUAACUAAGACUCAAGUGGAGACAAAAAAAAAAGCACUCAAUUUGAAUGUAAGUAAAACACGGGAUGGAAGAGGAGGCCUGAACCAACAGGGAUGA